AUGAACGCCGACCUCAAGCGGGUCCGCGACAGCUCAAUAGAUGGCGGCCCCUCCUCGUCAAAACGACGUGCCGUCGCCGCUGCCGGCGGCGCGUCCUCGCCCAUUUCUCCUGUCGACGCAGAGGAAGAUGGCGUCGAGGACUGGGUUCGCGUCGUAGAGGCCAAGCGCAAAGAGGCCAUCUACCGCCAAAUGCUCGACUACCGGCGCUCGUUUGAGCGCGAGCAGGGCCGUGCCAACGCCUUGGAGCGCCAGCGUCGUGCACUCGAGGACAGCCUUCGAAGCGUUGAGACAUGCUGGGCUCAGCUUGUUACAUCUGUCCGCGAGAGGGCAGGGCAGCCCAACGACUUUCAAGAAGCUGAAUUACUAAACUUUACCACCGACCCUUCCACGUCUCAGUCAGAGCAAGACAGUGCCCUGCAACUGCGCCUCUCGUCGACCCUCCGCCUAGUGUCCGUCUUUGCAGACUUGGCUGCUGGCAAGGGCCGCUCCGACCUUGGCACCGAUCUGCAGCAACGCCUUGCGCAACUGCAAGCAGAAUCGAGCACCUUGCGCGCAAACUCUGCCCAGCUCCAGUCGCAGAUUGACCACCUGUGCCAAUCCCGCGACACGUAUCUUCGCGACCUGCAGCGCGCGGAGAAGCAUCUCGACAAGCAGAAGAUGGAGUUUGACAAGGAGCGAGCCGAGUGGCGUACCCAGCGGGAAGCAUCGGGGGCUACGAACAAGCCAGUGGCGAAUGGAUCUGGACAUUCGACUCCGAACGCAAGAACGAGCGAACCCGAGCCCUCACCAGCAACCCCGGCGGCUGCCUCCAACGCUACCAACGCGCCGCCGUCUGCCGAGACAACAGAACGGAUAGCAGUGCUGGAACAACUUGCCGGUUCCCGUUUGCAAGAGCUCGAGACACUACGCGAGCAGCACGUGGCGGCCAACAAGGAGUUGGAUCGGUUGAAACUGCAAGCCCACCACCCUCCCGAGAGCCAGCUGCGAGAAUCCCCAUUCUUCCAGGUGUACCUCACUCAGCUGUCCGCUCAGGCUGCGCGCGCGGACACUCUGCAAGCGCGGUUCGAAUCUGCCGAGCAAAAGCUCGACCAGUUGAGAGACGCUAACCUCGAGUUCCGAGACGCUGUGGUUGCUGAGGCCAGGACUGAGGUGGAGACGCUGCGCCAGCAGCUGGGCAAGAAGGACACCGACCUGGCACGUCUUCGUGGUCAGCGUGACGAGAUGAACGCCGAGCUCCUGGAGCGUCGGACACGCGAGUCUGAGAAGUCGCGCUUUGCCGAGGAGGUGGAGGCGCUGUGCACUGCCCGCCAGGAGCGGAUAUCGUUCCUCACGUCCGAGGUCCGCCGCCUCAAGGGCAAGCUCGCCUCGCACGACGGCGCCGAGGGCUUCCUGGCGUUCCUGAAGGGCGACGGUGGCAUCGACGGCGACUAUGUCAAAAGCCUCGAGGAGCAGCUGGUGGCUGCCAAGGACAAGACGGGGGCUCUGACAGCUCAAAUCGAGUCUCUGGCAUCGGGCGACGCUGCUGCUGCCGAGAUGGCUGUCCGCACCGAGCUCGCCGAGGCCAAGCGCUCGCUGUCCAAAUACCAGCGUGUCCUUGGUUCUGCCGAUGUCGCCGACGACGUCAAGCAGCUCGCCGAACGCCUGCAGGAGGCCAUCACCUCCAAGUCGCAACUCGAGCUCAAGCUGUCCGAAUCCGAGGCGUCGACUGAUGCCCUGUAUGCCGAGGUGGAGGGCCUCUCCAAGCAAUGGGAGACGCUCGAGCAGACCCUGCGCACCAAAGUGUUUGAGCUCAAGGACGGCGAGCUCCGCAUGGCACGUCUCAGCACCGAAAAGGCCAAGGCCGACAACAAGUUCUUCCAGGCGAUGCGUGCCAAGGAGGCUAUCGAGGCCGAGUGCAAGACUGCCCAGCGCAGCGUCGACAAGCAGCUCAAGCUGCUGGAGCGCGCCCGCGAUGUUGAGCGUGCCUUGACCGCGCAGAUUGCGCAACAGGAAAAGGGCACGACGUCACUCAAGAACGCGGGGCUCGAAUUGCAGACGCAGCUCGCCACUGCCACCUCGGAGAAGCGCCAGCUCGAGCUCCGCCUGCAGCAAAGCCAGGCUGCGCUUGCCGAAGCUCAGCAGCUUGCGAGCACGCGCGUGCAAGAAGCUGCUGCCGACAAGGAGGCACUCACCAAGUUGCAAGAAGAGGCCGAUGCCACCAAGCGCUCGCUCGACAAGCUGCGCCAGAAGCACGAAUCGCUCAUGUCGGCGAGCGCGGCGGGCAAUGUGUCGGCACAGGAAUUGCAGAUCCGAGAGGAGCGCGAAAAGCUGCUGAAACUCCUUCGCUGCUCGUGCUGUGACCUCAACUUCAAGCAGCAAAUCAUCACCAAGUGCAUGCACACGUUCUGCAAGCCGUGCCUCGACUCGCGCAUUGCAUCGCGCCAGCGCAAGUGUCCGGCAUGUGGAUUGGCGUUUGCCAAGGAGGACUGCCAGACACUGUACUGGCAGUGA